AUGAUUCAAAGUUUAAACCUAAUCUUGGUCCGUAGGCUUCAUGUUCAUCCUUCAUCUAUUGAAGACGGAGUUACAAGAGCUUCAAGACUAGUCGAGCUAGGUACAAAAUGGAAGAAUAAAACCAUGUCGACAACAAAGCUGAUUCCAAGCCAAGCCAGUUCCGCUCAAAAUAUAAAAUAUAUUUUAUCAAUGUUUCCAUAUCCUUCAGGUGUAUUACAUCUAGGUCAUUUACGAGUAUAUGUCAUUAGUGACUCCUUGAGUAGAUUCUAUAAACAACGUGGUUAUGAUGUGAUCCAUCCAAUGGGUUGGGAUGCAUUUGGUUUACCAGCAGAAAAUGCCGCUAUUGAUAGAGAUUGUAAUCCUUCAACUUGGACAUAUGAUAAUAUUGCUAAAAUGAAAGAACAGAUGAAAAAUAUGUUGGCAAAUUUUGAUUGGGAUAGAGAACUUACAACUUGUAGUAAAGAUUAUUAUAAAUUCACUCAAAUGAUAUUUUUGGAAUUGUAUAAACAUGGUCUUGCAUACCAUAAAGAGGCAGAAAUUAAUUGGGAUCCUGUUGACAAAACUGUGUUGGCAAAUGAACAAGUUGAUUCGACAGGUCAUUCUUGGAGAUCUGGUGCCUUAGUUGAAAAAAAAAUGCUUAAACAAUGGUUCCUUGGAAUAACUAAAUUUGGACAUGCAUUAAUGAAUGACCUUAAAUAUUUAGACGAUUGGCCUGCCAAAGUAAAGUCUAUGCAAAAGAAUUGGAUAUCUGAAUCAAAAGGUGUGACAGUUAACUUUAAUACUAACGAUCCAAACUUUAAAAUUAUUCAGAUAUUUACAACCAGAAUAGAGACUAUAUUUAGUGUAGAUUAUAUUGCAUUAUCAGCCUCUCAUCCAAUAGUUAGAGCUCGUUUACAAAAAGAUAAUAGCUUGAAAUUAUUUGUUGAAAACAGCUCCAAUUUAAAGAACAAUUCUAAAGAUGGUUAUCUCCUAAAAGAUAUUGAAGCAACGUUUCCUUUCACUGGAAAGAAAGUUCCAAUAUUUGUGGCUCCAUAUGUAAUUAGUGGAUAUGGUACUGAUGCUGUCAUGGGUGUUCCAGUCCAUGAUCAAAGAGAUUUCGAAUUUUGGCAAAAAAAUAAUAACUCAAAAGCUGCAAGUUUACCAUCAAUUCUUCCUUCUAAAGUAUCAAUAACUGAUGAUAUUCCACUACCUUACACAUCAUUAGAUGGAGUUACGACUGAGAUUUCCGGGAAUUUUAGUGGCAUUUCUCCUUUGGUUGCUCGAAAGGAAAUAACCUCAGCACUAGUUCGUGAAAAUAUUGGUCAAGAAACUGUUUCAUUCAAAAUGAGAGAUUGGCUGAUUAGUAGACAAAGAUACUGGGGUACACCAAUUCCAAUCAUUUAUUGUGAUGAUUGUGGACCUGUACCAGUUCCCAAGGAAGAUCUUCCUGUAGUUUUGCCUCAAGUUAAACAAAUUUUUAACAAAGGGAAAACUUUGGCCCAAUUACCUGAAUUUGUAAAUACUGUGUGUCCAAAAUGUAAGAAGCAUGCAAGGAGAGAAACUGAUACCAUGGAUACGUUUAUGGACAGUUCUUGGUAUUUUUUCAGAUUUUUAGAUCCCCAUAAUUCUAAUGAACCAUUUAGUAAAAAUCUCGCUACUAAUGGAAUGCCCGUUGAUAUAUAUAUUGGUGGAGUUGAGCAUGCUAUCCUUCAUCUACUUUACUCCAGGUUUAUCAGUAAGUUUUUGGGAAGUAUCUCUAAAUGGGAUGAUUCAGAACAUCUUUUUGAACCAUUUAAGAAGUUAGUCACUCAAGGUAUGGUUCAUGGAAAGACAUAUAUGGAUCCUGAUAGCAAAAAAUAUCUAAAACCUGAAGAAUUGGAACAAUCUACAGAUCCUAAAAUUCCAACUAAAAUUAAAGGUAGUGAUAAAAUUCCAGUAAUUACAUAUACAAAGAUGUCAAAAUCUAAGUACAAUGGAGUAGACCCUAACAAAUGUAUUCAAGAGCAUGGACCUGAUUCCGUAAGAGCACAUAUACUAUUUCAAGCUCCGGUUGAAGAAGUUUUGGAUUGGGAUGAAUCUAAGAUCGUGGGUAUCGAAAGAUGGCUCACUAAGUUACUAGGAAGUGUGGAGCAAGUUUCAAAACUCGGGAAAUUUAGUAAAGACUACGAAUUACCUACUGAUCUAACUGAUUAUGAAAUCCAACAACAUAAUAAAAUCCACAACUUGAUAAAAUCAAUUACACUGUCUUUUAAAAAUUUUCUAUCAUUAAAUACUGUUGUUUCAGAUUACAUGAAAUUAACAAAUCUAAUUCAAAAGGAGCUGGAGUUAAAUAAUAUAAGGUCUGCACUUUUAAUGAAGUAUACUCAACAACUUGUAUCGGUUAUUUAUCCAAUUGUUCCAUCUAUUUCGGAAGAAGCAACAGAAAUUAUUAACAAAGAACAAGGUUGGAACUGGAGCCAAUAUGAAUGGCCAGAUUUUGAGACUAAGUUAAGUCCAAGAAAAACCAAAUUUAAAAUUGUAAUUGAUGGCAAAAUGAAAGGAUUCGUAGAAAAGGAGCAGGGGUUUUAUCUUCAAGACCAUGAUAAGAUUAUUAAAGACUUAAAAAAAGAGAAUAAUAUCGGAUCCUUUAUUGUUGAAAGUAAAAUCAAGAAAAUCAUCACCAAGCAUAAUCUUAUCAGUUUUGUUAGUUCUCGUUCAUGA